AUGUCCGCUUUCCAGCAGCUUCCGGAUAUUCAAGAGCGCAACCAAACGAAGAUAACAGAGAUCUGGGCAAAGAUUAUUGCCACGGGUCUCAACCAUGUUCUCCAGAAUCUACCUCCAGUUGAUGACUACGACAUUACCCUUGAAGGUGUUGCUCCGGCGCUGAACAUCGGCUGUGUAUGGCCGCAGGCUACUUACGCUGGGGAUUGCACAUUACACCUCAAUUCAGUCCCUCGGACGUACCCAGACUAUUCUCGCAACCAUUCGCGUCCCCGUCACGACUGGGUAGCAGGAAUGGAUCAUGAGAAUAUAAGGAAGAAGGGGGUCUUCGCCUGGCAUCCGGAGCUUUACAAUGGGCUGUUCGAGAGGCCAAUGAACCGACGAACUGCUGCGCUUUUGCAAUACUACAUCUUACAGUGGGCGGCCAAUACUCUAGUAUCAUUUAGGUUCUCUGGAGACAUUGAUGUGGAUGCUCUAUGCGAAGCUUUGGAAAUGCUAGGAGAGACCGAGGAGUUCAAGGCUAGGGCUCCGGAGAUUGGGCAACAACAACCCACGGAACAACCAUUCACAGAACAACAACUAAUGGGACAACAAUUCAUGGAACAAGAACUCACGAGAACCUCACCAACAAAUGGCCUCAUGGCAUCCGACCAGGAUAACAAUCGCGACGCUAACAGGAGAUCUGUCCGGGCUAUCCUGAACGAGAUUAGAACAUCAGUCCCUGCUGUCGAUACAUUGCCUACAUUACAAGACUUGAAUCUCAAGUUCGAACCGCACGACAAGGACGAACGCUUUUACCUACCUUUUCGCCUCUACAUUGGGAAAUCGAAGGGAGCAACUAACCGUUGCGAGGCAUGGAUGUACAUGACUUACCCCCAAGGAAAGAAGCAAGGAGUCGUUCAACCAUGCGAAAUGAAUUUAACAAAUGCCAACGGCGAGGUGGUCGGUAGCCGCACUCUAGCUACGGGAUGGUCUCCCGACUUGGGUGAACUCAACUUGGCCGAACCCUUCAAAGCUACCAAAGGAUCCGAGAAAGGCAGCAACUACCUCCCUCUAACGUACGUGACACAAUACUGCUUCCUGUUGAAGUACGAAGAGGAAGGAGUACCAAUCAAUAAGAGUCUUAUCGUGAUCAACCAGACUUUCAAGCGGUAUCUUGAAAACGGGGUGAAAUUCUAUCAACAGAGCGUUAAGUCCAAGCCCACCAAGAGCCAAGCCAAGCCCAAAGCCGUACCCAAAAUCAGGCUAGGUGGACAGAAAGCUACUAGGGCAACUCGACAGCAGAGGGUCAACUACGAAGAGGCACCAGACGUAGGGGCGGACGAGGAGGAGAAUUAUUCCUACACGCCUUCAGCCACCGCAAGGAUCCUUCGUGAGAGGAACAAAGAAAAGUCGUCAAAAGGAAAACAUGCUAUCAGUCCACCAAACCUCUCUUCAGCGAACAAUGAAGCACCAUCAGCCGCAGCCUCCGCCGACGAGACACAAGAAUCAAUCCAUACGCUUCACACCGCCGACGAAUUAAACCUACGAGAAACCCAGCUACAAAACCGCCUUUCCUACAGCCUUACCUCGGUGCACAAAAGCUACCUUCACUGGAACAACGUUCGAGAAACUAUUCCCGAGGAGGUACUGGACGAAUUAUACGAGGAACUCCCGCUCCUCAAGCUGGCAGAGCAGAACCUCAGCAAUGAGAUAGAGAAGCAGAUACAGACCUGGAAUGGGGUUCAGGAUGUGCUGAGUCGGAUGGAGGAGCUUGGGUUGGAAUCGCAGUGGCAGGGUUGA